AGAGAGAGAGAGAGAGAGAGAGAGAAGAUGAACCAUAACCAAAGCCAGCAGCAACAGCAAUCGAGCGAAGGCAGGCAUGACGAUGACGACGCAUCUCUCUCUGAAUUCCUCGCCUCCCUAAUGGACUACACUCCCACCAUUCCGGAUGAGCUUGUGGAGCAUUACUUGGCCAAGAGCGGCUUUCAGUGUCCCGAUGUUCGAUUAAUUAGGCUAGUAGCUGUUGCCACACAAAAGUUUGUUGCUGAGGUUGCAACUGAUGCUCUACAGCAAUGCAAAGCAAGACAGGCAGUAGUGGUGAAAGACAAAAGGGACAAACAGCAAAAGGAUAAGCGCCCAAUUUUGACGAUGGAAGACCUGUCAAAGGCUUUGCGUGAGCACGGUGUCAAUGUGAAGCACCAAGAAUAUUUUGCUGACUGCCCUUCAACUGGGAUGGAUCCUGCAUCAAGAGAGGAUUAAUCUGUACCUGGAUUUCUGUUGUUUGGUGUAAUGACAACCAUGUGAGUUUACGCUCAGUCACUUGUUUUAGACUGAAGAUAUUGUUGACAUGACAUUCUGCAUUUACUACAUUAUACUGUGACUUAAAAAUACUUGGACUGUAGACUGUGUACCUGUUCAUUUCAUAGUGAUGAUGCUGAAGCCAAUACCUGAGAAAACUCGGAACA